UAAGAAACAGACCAUCUUAAAUUCAAUUGACUCUAGGAAUUUCUGUCGUUUCGCGUAAAUAAGGAAUAAUUGGAACAACGAUGUACGUAAAACCGUUUGGCCUCAAUUUUUCAUGUAAUAUUGUUCAGUCUAUUUCGCGAACUUUCAUUGAAUAAAUCGCGUUUAUAACAGUGAAUGUUUGUUCUCAAAAAUGCAGGCCAUUCUUAUCCUAACAAGUUGCUUUAUAAGUGUCUGUUUUGGAGCUGAAUGUGUAUUUAACAACAACAAGAAAAGUUACUUUUGUACAGGAAUAACCGAUAAAUUCCCUAACAAAUAUUACGGAAAUUACCACCUUAAGUGUGUUGGAUGUAAUAUACCAAUUUUUAAACCGGACACAUUUCCGGAAAAUGGUGGGUUAACUUCUUUAAAUAUCUCCGAGAGUGGAAUUCAAAAAAUAGAACCCAUGGCUUUCAGUAGUUUACCAACUCUUUCUUACCUCUAUCUUCAGAAUAAUAUUAUUCAAAGUGUUCUACCAGAUGCAUUUUUUGGGUUGAGGGAGUUAUACGAGUUGCAUUUGGAAGACAACCAUCUGAAUCAAUUGCAAAGACACUUUUUAAACGGAUUUGAGUCAGUUACUGUAUACUUGAAUAAUAAUCAACUUAAAGAGAUACCUCCCAGGGUCUUUGAAGGAAUUUUCAGCGUUCUCGCACUAAAUUUAUCUCACAAUAACAUUGGAAUUCUUCACGUUGAUUCGUUCCAGUACUUGAGUAUGUUAGAAGUUUUAGAUAUGAAUAACAACAAUUUGUGUUACAUUCCUUUGGGAGCCUUCCAGCAUCUUUUGAACUUGAAGGACCUUGACCUUUCUCACAAUAAACUGACUGCCUUCAGUUAUGGAGAACUUUCUGGUUUACGAAGCGUGGUGAGUUUCAAUUUGGGUUACAACGAGUUUCAAGAAAUCGGCGAGUCCACCAUUCAUGCGUUUGCUUCGUUGACGAACUUGGCCCACUUGGACCUGUCUGGUAUAAGCGGUCCAUUGUUCUUGGACACUUACAGUGUUGUCACUUACGUCCCAACCCUAAAAAGUUUGACUUUAAAUGACAAUUUGUGGGAUUGCCAAACAUUAGCUUACACCAUUCAAUAUUUGAAGACGAAAAAUAUUGAUCCGUUUUUGAAAUCUCCUCGUCAUUACGACGUGUCCAAUAUCAAUGGAAUCGCAUGCUCUUUGGCAAAAGUUACUGAGAAAUUGAGUUUUCCGAAGUUUCUCGAACGUGCGAAAUGGGUCGUGAACAAAACAACACGUUAUUGUUAAUCAGAAAGACGAUAGGUUGUAUACAUUAUUUAUUAGUCAGAUAAGUAUGUAUUUCAAUAUGUUUACAUCGUAAUAAGAUAUAGAUAGAUAUGCAUGUACAGUACAGUAUAGUAUAGGGCGUCAUUAGGUGCGUGUAGCCAUGACAGAAUCCGGAGCUAUUCAUUCCUCAAAAAUCAUAAUUAUAUUAUUAUAUAGACAUAAGGAUAUGCAAUCGCAUAAGCCUAAGCUGUAGAUCACCCGAUAUCUGUAUAUUCUAAAAUUCAUUUUAAAUUGAUAACAAUU